CGGAUGACGAGGCGAAAUCGGUGUUCCGACUCGGUGCGAAGAUACCCCCAUUUUGGCCGGAAGAUGCUGCUUUAUGGUUUGCUCAAAUUGAAGGAGGAUAUUCCGUUGGACGUGCUAGCAACGAUAGCAGACAGGGUGCACGAGGUCGUCGUUCCAGCAGUACCGGCACCGCACGUCGCGGCUACCAGCAGCCGGACGACGUCACACACAACCAUGACGCAAGGUAGCAGUGAACUAGAAAGGCAAGUAGCAGCACUGACUCAGCAGGUAGCAACACUGAUGGCAGAAAGGCACUCCGGCCGCCGCAGUCGUUCUCGCAGCACCCAGAACUGGAGGUAUCGCAACCGUUCUCGCUCUCGAUCUCGCUCAGGCAAGCAGAAUCCUGACCAUUGUUGGUACCAUAACUGUUUCGGAAACAACGCGAAGAAAUGCGAAGACCCUUGUUCUUACAGCAAGGGAAACUCCAACGGCAGUCGCUAGUGGCGGCAAACGACUGUCCUCGAUCCCCUGGCCGUCUCUUCGUCACCGACCAACAUACCAAGGUGCAGUUUCUGAUAGAUACGGGAUCAGACCUGUGCGUAUACCCAAGGUCAGCCAUCAGAGAGCGCCGGAAAAGGACUGAGUACGUAUUGUGUGCAGCUAACGGCUCGCCAAUAUUUACAUAUGGAACUAUUCACCUGGAACUGAACUUAGGACUUCGUCGCGCGUACUCCUGGAAUUUCGUCAUAGCUGACGUCACGAAACCCAUAGUAGGCGUGGACUUCCUGAGCUUCUACAGUCUUCUGGUAGACUGUCGAAAUCAUCGUCUCAUUGAUUUACUGACCACUCUAUCCAUCCAGGUGCCACAUAACAACUCAACCAUGUCCAUAUCAUCCGUCAAGGUCAUGUCAGGCGAUACGAAGUACCACGAUGUCCUGAAGGUGUACCCUGACAUCACAAGACCUGCAGGUAAACCAGUAAAGCCUAAGCAUACAACGGUUCAUCACAUAAGGACUACACCUGGACCACCUGUAACCUGCCGGCCUCGACGUCUAGCUCCUGAUCGCCUGCAGAUAGCUAAAAAGGAGUUCGAGGCAAUGCUCCAGUGCGGUACAGCUCGUAGGUCAGAGAGCCCAUGGUCUUCUGCUCUUCACCUGGCCCCAAAGAAAGACACUGGAUGGAGGCCAUGCGGCGACUACAGAGCGCUGAAUGCAAGGACGAUUCCCGACUGUUACCCACUGCGACACAUUCAGGAUUUCUCCUACCAGCUAGCAGGUACUCAGGUCUAUUCAAAGAUCGACUUAAUUAAGGCCUACAAUCAGAUACCUAUUUUCGAAGAUGACAUUCCCAAAUCGGCCAUUACA